UGCAGAAGUAGAGUAUAUUGUUUAUGUAUUUAUAAUAUUUAAUACAAGAAGAAACUUGAAAUUAUAUGCGUAUACGUUUCACGCGUAUCGUUAUCUAUAACAUUGUUCCAAUCGUUUAUAAAACGACGUAGUUCACAAUAUAUGCAGAUCAACGUAUUAAUAUGGAUGGAGGAACUUGCCUUUACAACCUUUAACGUCAUUAUCAUUAAUAUAAGUUCUACGUCAUUUCCUGACUUCAAUUUCUGUCAAACUCAUUCACGUUUCCGCCGUCCAUCGAAGACGUAGUGCUGUGACUUUUACGUUUCGUUGCCUUGCAAAUAAAAAUUAAAUUUAUUUGAUUUAAAUUUAUUUAAGCCAAUUUUCAGAUAACAUUUACGUCUUUUUUCACUACCUCGUAUUUGCUAUCUCGGCUGUAGUUGUACACAUUAUUUUUACAUGCUUUGUUGAUUUUACUUCUGUUACGUUUGAACAUGGAAAACAACGCGGCAGAUGUGCAUAUUCCGACUUUUUACGCGGGCCGCUCAAUCUUGGUCACCGGAGCAACAGGGUUUUUAGGCAAAGCUCUCAUUGAAAAACUUUUGCGAUCAUGUCCUGACGUGGCAGAAAUAUUUGUGCUGAUACGCCCCAAGAAAGGAUUGAGUGUCAACGAUAGAUUAAAAAAAAUGUUAAACAACAAGCUUUUCGACCUGCUACGAAGCAAGCAACCGUCUGCUUUUGAUAAGAUUAUUCCGAUACUUGGAAAUGUAGCUGUUGAAAACUUAGGAUUGCUGUCCUCUGACCGGACAAUUUUGGUCGAGAGAGUGUCCAUAAUUUUCCACGUUGCAGCUUCAGUCAGAUUUGAUGAACCGCUCAAACAAGCGAUCUUUAACAACACGCGAUCGACACGAGAUGUUUGCAUCUUAGCUGAGUCUAUGAAACAAUUAAAGGUUCUAUUGCACGUUAGUUCAACGUAUUCACAAACUGACAAGCCUGUUGUGGAAGAGAUUUUGUACCCCUCGGAAUAUGAUUAUAAGAAAAUGAUUAAAGUCGCCGAAUCCAUCGACGAACAUCUUCUUAGAAUAUUAACAACGAAAUAUUUGGGAACCAUGCCAAACACAUAUACUUUUACUAAAAGACUGGCCGAACAAGUGAUAAGCGAUUUUUCCGAGUCAUUGCCAGUCGCUAUAAUUAGGCCCUCUAUAGUUGUAUCGACAUCGCAUGACCCUAUCAAAGGAUGGAUCGACAAUAUGAACGGCCCGGUCGGGAUGUUGGUUGGUGGAGGCAAGGGUAUAUUACGUGUGCUCUUGUCUGACCCUUCCAUCAUGAGUGACUACAUGCCUGUCGACGCAGCCGUUAAAGCAAUGAUAGCUAUAGCUUGGAAACGUGGAAUUAAAACUAAAGAUAAAACGACUGACGUGUAUAACUGCUCAUCAAAUCAAAUGAAAAGUAUAGACGUACAAAACAUGGUUCGGAUAGGUCUUGGUAUCACGAAGGACGUCCCUUUAGACAACGUCGUUUGGAAACCGCAUACAACAGUAACAAAAAGCAAUUCUGUUUAUUUUAUUUUGUUUUUGCUUUUGCACAUUAUCCCAGCAGUUUUCUUGGAUACAAUGAUAAAACUGUCCGGGAGACGUCCAAUCUUGCUGAAAUUGCAAAGAAAAAUAUAUGUUGCCAACAAAGCACUGUCAUACUUUUUGCUAAACCAAUGGAAGUUCAAAAACGAAAAACUUCUCGCUCUAAUAGAUGAUAUCGGUAAUCAGAAAGACUUUGAAUACCCUUAUAAAGACGUCGAUAUAGUAACAUUCUUUAAAAAUGGCAUUAUAGGUUCUAAACUUUACUUACUCAAUGAAAGCAUGGAUGACUUAGAAACUGCGAAACGUCACUAUAAAAGGUAAGAUGCAUCGUAAGGAAUAGAAAAUAAAGUCUUACUGCAUAAUUGCAGAUUCCUUGGUUAUUUUCGAAUCUGUUUUUGCGUCGCAAAAUGUUAUUUGAUGCACUAAGUCUUUGCAAACGAUUAAAAGUAGAAGAUUGGUCACAUAUAUUAUAAAGUUUAAAUCACACCAAACAAACACAACAAGUUUAAGAAUCAGACAUAAUAAUGUUAAAUGCACUGCACGCGCGGGGCGAGAAAAUUACAUUAUGAAAUUAAAAUAGCAGCAAGACUGCGUGUUAAUAAAGGUAAUUCGGAGCAAUAGAAAAGCAGAUGAAAAGUUAAAAGACAUCAACGUGAUGUCGCGAAGUUGCGUACACGUAGCGCUGUUUGGUCGAUCACGGUUGCUAGCUGGAAAUUAGGUCGUAAUGUAGAAACAUUCAUAACUCGACAACCGAUGGAAGCUUUCGCAACUUGUAGCGUCAGCCAAACUACAUUUAGAAGCUCGUUAAUUUUAGUUUUACUCAGAAAAACAAAAUGUUUACUGACUUUUCGUCUAUCAAUUGCUGCGUUUGUUUGAAUAAUUAUUAACAAAUCAUUUUUUUUUGUCCUGAGGAACAAUACAAAUUCUUACACGUGUAGGCAAUCGAGCCGAUUUACAGAGAAAGGAUACAAAACUGAUCGGUACGUUACGUAUUUUCGGUUCGGUUGAAUUUGCGAAAGAUCGAUGUAUGUAUUCUAAACGUCACGCGAAUGUGCUAUUGCCAGUUGUGUGUGACACUAAAAGAAUGCGAGAAUUUCAUUUGGCAUGCGCAAAAAUCUUCAGCUGUUAGUCUUUAGACUGCCGACUACCCUGUAUCUAUAUGAUAUAUUUAAAACGAUGCCGACGUAAAUUUAGACACGAAUGUGUAAAAUCGUACAAUUUUCUAUAUUCUGAAACGUUGUCCCAUUACGAAUAACCGUGUUUGUUAUGCAAUUCACCCACGAAAACGCAUCAGAUUAGACUCGGUCCCACUCGUACCCCGUGAAUUAUGACGGCUGGCGCGAAGAAUUCUGCAUACAGCAACUUCGAAAAACAUCAAUACUUUCACACAAAAUGACAAUCGGGAAGUUAUUAAAAUUAAACGGCUGUUAUU